AUGAAUCGUGGACGGUUUUUAGUAAACAUGGUUGAAGAAAGGGACAAAGAAAACAUCAGCCCUAACUUACUAACCCAACCAGAUACUAGACAGGAGUUUGAACCAAUAAUACAAAAGGAGACGGUAGUAGUGAACAGGUCACAGCUAGAAGAUGACCGCGAGAUGUCAUUAAGUGAUGAAGAUUCAUCUAACGAAACUCAUGCAGCCUUAUCCGUGGAUGAUAAAUCUAUUCCGAGCACAUCUAAACAACAGCAGACUAGUACACCACAUUAUUAUAUUUCACCAAUCCAAAGUGACCAAAGUGACUUUGAUGACUCAGGUGAGGAUCCCAGUUUCCAAUUGAUUAAUAAAAGUAAGACACUUUUUAAGAUCGUUCCUUUUGGUUCAUUACUGUCUUCGUCCAGCACCAGCAAUAGUAGAUCUAAGAGCUCAUCACGUUCUAAUAGCUUGUCGGACACCGAAGAUGAUAGUGCGCAUUUACAGCUUGACCCUCAGAAUACUAAGGUAGCUGAAAUUAAUUCCCAAGAGCUCGUUAUAGAAGAAAAAAAGGGUAAAAAGAGGAUACGAAAACCAACGAUGUGGAAAUCGAAAAUUGCGAAAGUGCUGAGAAAUUCUGGCAAAGCCUACCAGUCUAUGUCAAAAUCAAAAUUACAAGUUCCAGAGAGAAAAGUCAGCCUCCCCUGUGGAGAAAAAUGUCGGCUAAAAUGUAAAGAUAAGAUCAAUGAAAUAUCAAGGCAACAGCUUUUUGAUGCAUUUUGGGGAAUCGGCAAUCUUGAAAGGCAGAGAGAAUUUAUAGUGCGACACUCACAAAAAAUAAAACCUAAAUAUCAAUACUCAAGCACACAGGAUAUUCAACACUGA